UACUCAGUUACGCGGCUCUUCUCCUUUUCUUUUCCUUCCACCUUCGGUCACAAAAAACACACGAGGGCAACGAUACCUGGUACCAGACAACGAAAGAAGAAAAGAUAGAUGGAGAUGAUGACCACCGCACUCUGCCGCAAUAGCAACAACCCAAAUCCAAACAACCACGACGUCCGCGAUGAUGGUGCCAAUGAAGAUGCCACCGGGGCGAUGCCCAUCCCGGAUAGUGCUCUUCAAUGGCAGUUGAUCCAGGUUGAGACCAUGGUGGCAGGAGGGCAAUCAGCAUCCGAGAACCAAAUUCCAGUUGUCAAGAGGGGCACCCCAGGCACAGGACGGCCCACACCCAUUAGUAUAAUCCUUCAAUCUGCGAUGGCUAUCAUCUCCAAGGAAGAAGUUGAAGAAGAAGGGUAAUUCAUGGCUGGCAACCGAAUGGGUUCAUAGCUUUCCGGAUGACCAAAGAAACGCUGGCUGUUUUAUGGCUCGAGCAACGAACGCAAGUCCUGAUCUUGAACCUGACAUAUCGCACUGAACCAUCACUUGACCGCACCGCACCGCACACUUCAUGACGAAUGCAUAUGUUCACCCACUAAACCUCAUCUUAAAAGACACAUUAUUUAGAGAACGCAUUGCACCUACC